CUUGUAUUGUUUUGCCUUUUGUUUAUUUCUUCAAAUCGAGAAUUCAAUUGGUCACAACCUCCUAGUCACAAAGGUAUAGAUUAUCCUUUUUUUUUUUUAUCUCCGAUCAUAGCUUCAACGAGCGAAAUAAAAUAUAAUAAUAAAUAACAAUCCUUUCUUUUUUCAGUUAUGGUACCAUCCAAUAAGGAUCUUUAGGUCAUUUCAAUAGAAAAAAACAAGGAUUUUUAGUAAGAGUAUGUGCUGUCCACAAGACCCUCAAUUAUAGCAUAAUCCAUAGCCAGAAAAAAUACAAUUUAUUCAUUCAAUCACUGCCGUUCGGUAUUCACAAACCCAGAUUCUUCUGAAGAAUUUCUAUCUCAGUAAACUCUUUCUCCUUCACAACAAUGGCUUCCUUAAUAGCAAAUGGGAUCUCAACCUUCUUAAAACCAUGCUAUGAUCCACCAUCUACCUUAAUUCAUCCAAAGAUUGAAACUUCAAAACCCUCAACAAUUCUUAGAUCUUCAAAACCCACCAAAAUUAGGGCUGAAAUUGGGUAUGAUUCUACAACUAUCAAUCAGGGUAAGUCUCUUUCUUCUUCUUCAAUAUCAACAACUACCAAAAAAGAGGAUGACCCAAUUCAGAAAUUCCUUAAAAGGGAUUAUAAAUGGGGUUUUUCCGAGAAGAUUGAUUCUUUAACAAUCCCAAAAGGGUUAUCAGAAGAAACAAUAAAGAUGAUUUCUUCCCUUAAAGAAGAACCCGAUUGGAUGCUUGAGUUUAGAUUGAAUUCAUAUUAUAAAUUCUUGAAAAUGGCUGAACCAAAAUGGUCUGAUAAUAGAUACCCACCAAUUAAUUUUCAAGAUAUUUGUUAUUAUUCUGCUCCGAAAAAGAAACCAUCUCUGAAUAGUUUAGAUGAAGCUGACCCUGAACUUUUAAAGUAUUUUGAUAAAUUGGGUAUUCCUUUAACUGAAAGGAAUCGUUUGGCUAAUGUUAGUAAUAAAAAUGUCGCUGUUGAUGCUGUUCUUGAUAGUGUUUCCAUUGCUACUACACAUAGAAAGACAUUAGAGAAAGUUGGGGUGAUAUUUUGCUCGAUUUCGGAGGCCAUUAGGGAGUAUCCUGAUUUGGUUAGGAAGUAUUUAGGCAAAGUUGUGGCUAGUGAUGAUAAUUACUAUGCUGCUUUGAAUUCAGCUGUGUUUAGUGAUGGAUCAUUUGUUUAUAUACCUAAGGGUACUAGAUGUCCUAUGCAAAUUUCCACUUAUUUUAGGAUUAAUGCUUUCGAAACCGGACAGUUUGAGAGGACAUUGAUUGUGGCAGAUGAGGGUAGUUUUGUGGAGUAUUUGGAAGGGUGCACAGCCCCCUCAUACGACACGAAUCAAUUACAUGCCGCUGUUGUUGAGUUGUAUGCUGAUGAUGACGCGGAGAUUAAGUACUCGACUGUGCAGAAUUGGUAUGCUGGUGAUGAGGAAGGUAAAGGGGGGAUUUACAAUUUUGUUACUAAGAGAGGAGUUUGUGCUGGUGCGAGGUCGAAGAUAUCGUGGACACAAGUGGAGACGGGUUCAGCGAUUACUUGGAAGUACCCUAGUGUUGUUUUGGAGGGUGAUGACUCGGUUGGUGAGUUUUAUUCUGUUGCUUUGACGAAUAAUUAUCAGCAGGCAGAUACCGGAACAAAGAUGAUACAUAAAGGGAAGAAUACUAGAAGUAGGAUUAUAUCUAAAGGUAUUUCAGCUGGACAUUCGAGGAAUGUAUACAGAGGUUUAGUGCAGAUUCUAUCUAGAGCUGAUAAUGCUCGGAAUUCCUCCCAGUGUGAUUCAAUGCUCAUAGGUGACAAAGCUGCUGCAAACACCUAUCCUUAUAUUCAGGUAAAAAAUCCUAGUGGUCGUGUCGAGCACGAAGCCAGUACAUCCAAGAUCGGUGAAGAUCAGCUAUUCUACUUCCAGCAAAGAGGUAUCGACUAUGAGAAAGCCAUGGCUGCAAUGAUUUCCGGGUUUUGCAGGGACGUCUUCAAUGAACUUCCAGACGAGUUUGGCGCAGAAGUGAAUCAGCUCAUGAGCAUAAAACUCGAAGGAUCUGUCGGUUAAAUGUUCUCUCCUUUCUUGUGUUAACUACAACUACAGCACUGUGAAUAAACUAACUACUGUACCACGAGAUGGUUAUCCGACACCGAUCUUUUUUUGCAUACGCUUUUCAGAAAUUUGAAUGAACCUUAGGUACAACUGUGCUGUAUUGAUCGUUUGUGAGCAUCAAAAUACUUGUAUUUAGUGGUAGCUAAAUGUACAUAGCGUUUUGAAUAAGACGUGUUCGUUUUGAGCUAUAAACUUUGUUCAUUGAGAUGAAACUAUGAAAAUUUAUAUUGAGCUAUGAUGUUCAGAUGAUCUCGGGUAUACGA